GCUCUGACCUCUGAUGUCCGUGUUACUUCCGUGUUCUGCUCACCUGUUCCACCUGUAUUACAGCGCUGUGCUGCAGGCGAUAGGCUAGGUGCGACUCCAGCUCUGCCGGUGCACCUGUUGCGUUAUUGUGCCAUGACCGAGGAGUUAAUAACGUGCGAAUUAACAUGCCCGUCUUCACCGACUGGCCCGGGGAAAACUUUAAAUGGUGUUAAAACUAAGGAGAUGGAUUUUGAGCAGCCUAUUUUCUCCGUGUUGGGCGACGAUGUGAAGCCGCAGCAGCACCAGCCGGCGGGGGACACGGUACUGUCGAGCUCCCCGGCCGCGACCACCGCCGACACCGAGUCCGGGAUCUUCUCUGGUGAAUGUGAGUUUUGCGUGGAGCAUGAGUCUGAGCUGGACUGGUUCUGUGGCACCGAGCAGAGACUUAUCUGCUCUCAUUGCGCCAUCGUGGGCCCCUGCCACGGACACACUGUGACCCCUCUGGCCACCAGAGUAACCGCAGUCAGGAACCAACUGGUGGAUGUGUGUGAGAAAAUGCAGCUGCAGGCACUGAGGAUUGAAAGGUUUAUUAACCAGACGCUUGCAUCCAAAGAACAAAAGCUUCAGGUAGCGGCGAGCAGGGCAAGGGAGCAGGUGCUGGCUCAGGUCAGCGCAGCACGUGAAGCCCUGGAGGAAGAGGAGCAGCGUCUUCUGGAGGGGGUGCAGAGAGAGGAGGAGCGGGUGGAGCAGUGUCUCCUCACCCAGAGAGCCCACUGGAGUCAGGCUUUGGCAAGUCUGUCGCAAACACGCUCCGGCCUGGUGCACACGCUGACACACACUCCAGACACACAGCUGGUGACUAGUGUCCAGGAGAUAGCUGACAGGGUGGAGGAAGCGGAGGGGGUCGGGGAGCCCUGUGACACGGACCAGCUCAACCUGAACCCGGGCUGCAGCGACAGCAAGCUGCUGAGAGGUCUGUGGGCCACUGCAGUGCUGCUCGGGCCAAACGCUUAUAGAUCAACAAUUUUAAAGUUUGAUGAGCGCACAGUGAGCCCUCUCCUGUCUUUGUCUGACGACUUCUACACUUUGACCUUUCUUCACAAAAAAGUUCGCCAAUCCCCGCCCUACGAUCCAGCACGCUUCGACUGUUGGCCAAAUGCACUGGGUACACUGUCCAUGUCCUCUGGCACCCACAGCUGGGUGGUGGAUGUGGGCCAGAGUGGUGCAUUUAAGGUUGGGGUCUGCUAUACGUCUCUUGAGCGCAAAGGCACUGGGAAUGAGGCCCGGCUGGGCUACAACAGUCAGUCUUGGGUGCUGUCUCACUACGACGGGGACUACUCCUUCUGCUACGCAGGGAAGCAGGUCCCCCUGCAGAUGGUGAGGAGACCCCAGAGGAUCGGCCUGCUGCUGGACUGGCCAACUCACACGCUGAUGUUUUACGAGCCUAACUCCAGCUCCGUGCUGUACUCUGUCACUCAUCCAUUCAGUGCGCCGCUGCUGCCGGCGUUUGCCGUGACUGACCGCAGUAUCACUAUACUGCAUUGACACACCACACACUCUGCCAAACACCUUCAACAUGUGAAGAAAUGCCAUUCCCUAAUGUAAAUAGGAUCAACAGCUAAUGAGUCGCCCGCUGAAUGUGCACUUAGGUGUCAACUUCUAUUUAUUUUAUUAGAUAUUCUAGUUGCUGCUGAUUCUCUUUUUUUCACUCUUUUAAAUGAUUUAACAGACUUUAAUUUAGAGAUGAUCAGAUAAUUUAACGUUAUCUGUUGAUCAUAUUAUAUAGUUAUUAUUAUUACACAAUUGUGCUGUAACAGUAUUUUGUUUGACUGACGAUGAUUGUUUUAAAAAAAAUAUAUUUUUAAUAUAAUUGUUUUUAGCAUCAGUUUGAUCUGUGUUAUGAAGCUUGUAAUGAAGCGUUUCUUUAU